UAUAAUCAUAUGCAGGCUAUUUAAUGGUUAUUUUAUAAUCAUAUGCAGGCUAAGUAAAGCAUGGGGCAUGACUACAGCUACAGCCAGCCUUCACAGUCAGAUGAUUUAUUUGGAAACGAAGUGGACAGUGGCAACAGCGAGACGGAAGAUCUAAUUCGACGUGACCAAGCUGAGCUCAGUGAACAGUGGCGCUCACCGGUUCAGUACCCUCCCCAACCCGAAGUUGAGUUCGGAAUCCCGCAGAGCUGCUAUUGUGGCUCUCAGCCCCGGCUUGCAACAUCUUCCAGGACGAAUUAUCAAGGUAGAAGAUACUACACCUGCGACAAUGUAGAUGAUGGUGAUUGCCAUGUUUGGAAAUGGUGGGAUGUGGCUGUUAUGGAGGAGUUGAGAGAUAGAGGUAGACAGGUUCUACAACUCGCUGAAAAGGUUGAUAAUCUUACCCUGUUAAGUGACUACGAGACUGAUGAGAAGCUGGCUAAGCUGGAGAAGAUGGUGUGUGAUUUAGCUAUGGAGAAAUCAAAGUGGUCUGAGUACUUUGCAGGUGCAAUUGGUCUUCUAAUGGUUGUAAUGGCAGUAGUGGUUAUGUUUAAGUAAUGGUUGUAAUAGCAGUAGUGGUAAUGGCA